UUUACACCUGGUCAGCAUCUUAAAAAAAACCAGCUGCCCCUCACUUUUUAGUUUACAGUUGCCGUGAACUUCGCCUGAACAUUGAAUAAGCAACUGACUUUUUCACGCCUUUUUUUUUAUUUAAUUUUUUUUUUCUUUUUUGUCUCUUGGUGUACACGUCGCUUAUGCUGUCGAUUAAGCCGUCGUUAUAGUGUACACAUCUUCGGAUAAAUACACGCGCCCACACCCAUUUUAAAUAUAGAAAAAAAAAUUAAGUGUUUAAAGAGAGAGAAGUGUUUGAUGGUGUAGGGAGAAAACAAAAAAUGAAGUUCUGCAAGAAAUACGAGGAGUACAUGCAGGAACAACAGGGGGAUAAAAAAUUACCCGGUGUUGGUUUUAAGAAAUUAAAAAAAAUACUGAAGAGAUGCAGAAAACAGCUUGAAUCACACAUUGAUUUUCAUAAUAUUUCUGAUGCUGUUCCUCAUAAUCCUUCCACUUGCCCACAGCACUGCUCAGUUUGCGACGGGACAUUUUUCCCGUCGCUUCUUACGGAAAUGUCUGAAGUAGUGGGAUUCUUCAACGAUAGAGCGCAGAAAUUGCUUGAGCUCCACUUAGCAUCGGGUAUGGACAAGUGUAUUAUCUGGUUGAAAGGAAAAUUAAAAGGAAACCAUCUUGCACUAAUUCAAGAAGGCCGGGACCUUGUUACCUAUGCCAUUAUCAAUUCCAUCGCAAUCCGCAAAAUACUCAAGAAAUACGACAAGAUUCACUAUUCAAAGCAAGGCCAAGCUUUUAAAUCGCGUGCGCAGAUAAUGCAUAUCGAGAUCCUUCAGUCACCGUGGCUGUGUGAACUCGUGGCUUUCCACAUGAACUUGAGAGAGUCGAAAGUCAAACUGAGGAACGCUCCUGCGCUUUUAGGGUCUGGGUGUUCCCUCGUAUUAAACGAUGGCAAACCAUCUCUGUCUUGUGAUCUUCUUGAUUCCGUCAAGAUUGAUAUCGACUUGACCUGUUCUAUAUGCUUGGAGACGUUUUUCGAUCCAGCGUCACUUAGCUGUGGUCACAUCUUUUGCUACAUGUGUGCAUGCAAAGCUGCUUCAGUCUCCAUAGUGGACGGGCUUAAGGAAGCAAGCCCCAAUCAGAAAUGCCCAAUUUGCCGAGAGGAAAGAGUGUAUGAAGGCGCAGUACAUUUGGAAGAGCUGCAUAUUCUAUUAAGACGAAGAUGUCCGGAAUAUUGGGCUGAAAGGCGUAAAGCCGAAAGGUCGGAGAGAGUUAAGCAGACAAAGCAGCAUUGGGAAUCACAGUACCGCCUGUUCACCGGUAUAUGACCAGAAAAUCAACAUUCAUUCUCCCCAAGUCUUGCUUCAUUUUGUGUGAGUGUGCGCGCGUUCGACAGUUUACAAUUUUGCUUGGUUAGUCUUUGGCGAUUGAGGAAGAUAGAUGCAUUCAUAUAUGUAUGUAUGUAUGUAUGUAAUUAUGUACAUAAAUUGUGUUGGUUUUGUAGAUGCUACACCUAGUGAAACACACCAGGUAGUUUUCGAACUAUGAAUUUAUACAUUUGUAUGGUAGGAUAGCGUAUAACAAACCAAAUUGUGUGUUACUCGUGAAGAAACUCCUCGUCGUGUGUAUUUAAUUUGGCUUUUUACUUGGCCUCUAAAUGGGGUUAACUCUAAUUUAUUGUAAAUCCGCAUGGCUA